AUGAUACCGUCCCCUAUGUGUGUGAAGCCGGCAGAGCUGGAAGCCCAAGGAUUCUGUGAUGAAUUAGAAAGCAGAUAUUACCAUAUAGAGGUGCACGACUCGCAAGUUGACUACUUUAUGAGGCGGGUCCUCAACUUAAGUUGUAGGAAACAGCAAGAGGGGUGUUCUAAACUAAGAGGAGCAUCCUAUUUCUGCGGAGGGGGAUCCAAAGAAUAUUAG